AUGUUUGGAGGCUGUCUUGCACACAAUCAUGAAAUGAUGGAGUUUUUAGUUCUUGGAGAUGCAUCAACACCUGAAGAGCUCCCACAGAUGAAAUCUAAAAUUAUCAAAGAUGGCAAGAAAGAGCUUCAGUUCCGACAGGCUCCAGCUCAAAGUGAAACAGUGUUGGUGUCCCAUGCCACUGGCAAUUCUGAUGCUCCUUCAGAGCCUGGAAGUAAAAAUGGUCAUAGGACAACUGCAGAACCCUUUCAGAGGGGUCAUCCACUAUCAAAGCAAGAGACUGACCAUUUGGAUGAAGAACUAGAUCUUCUCCUGAAUCUAGAUGCCCCCAUUGAUAAAGAAAACAGAUCCGUGUCAGAAGCAUUAUCCUACAACGUAUCGACUGAGAAAAAUCUGAAAAUGGAUUGUAAGGAAAAAGACCCUUUAAAACUAGAUAUGGCUGAAGAGAAGAGUACAGCAUCACAGCAACAGCAAAGUACAUCUAAAACUGUUACUGAGGAAGAGCUUGAAGAGUGGCUGGACAGCAUGAUUUCCUGAAGCUCAGAUUUUCUUCUGUGAAUAACUGAAUAUAGCAAACAUUAGGUAGAAAGUUGAA